AUGAUGCCUCUUCUUGGUUCGGGGACCCCUCCGAUAUCGAAACCUGCUGCCUCUGCCGUUCAUUCUACUGGUACUGGGGUUCCGGUUCAUCUGGUGACUGUGUCUCCGCAUUCAAUAUUAGGCAUCUGUGCUGAAUGCGGCCUACGUAUCACCAGUGUUGCAGAGGCCUGUCAGGCGAUGGGCUGCCUCUACCACAACAACUGCUUUAUCUGUUGCUGUUGCAGUAAGUCGAUAGUUGACAUCAAAAACUAUUAA